CCUCAGCAUCAUCAGAAUCGCCUCCCCCACUCUGCACCUCCCCUCCUCCUGCUCCUGCAGAGCCAUCAGCUGUUCUGCCUCUCUCUCCCGCUCCUGUGGACGGCACAGGAACGCAGGCAGGAAGAUGUCCUCGAAGCUGGGUUCCAGCAACCCCCCGGCCAAAUCCAAAUUCCGGAAGAGGGGCAGCCUGCAGAUUAACGCCAGCCCCGAUAUCCACGGUGCCCGACACCCCCUCACCUCCCAGCGGUCUCUUCCAGGCACUCCGGUUUCCUGCAAGCCCUUCGUCGUCGACCUGCGCACCUCCAUGGAUGGAAAGUACAAGGAGAUUGCCGAGGAGCUGUUUUCUCACACGAGCGAGAUGCGCAGCGCCCCCUAUGAGUUCCCUGAGGAAAGCCCCAUCGAGCAGCUGGAGGAGAGGCUUCACCGCCUGGAGAGGCAGAUCAGCCAGGACAUCAAAUUAGAGCCUGAGAUCCUGAUCCGGGCCAAGCAGGACUUCCUGAAGAUCGACAGCACUACAGACCUGGAAUUACUGAAGGGGCAGAAUGAGGUCUCCACAGACCCCUUCCCUAAAGAGAAGGACCAGGCCCUGGAGUACCAGAGGGUCACCAUCUCAGGAGAGGAGAAGUGCGGGGUGAGAGAGGACAGGGCAUGGCGACUGGGGGUGCCGUUCACAGACCUGCUGGACGCUGCUAAGUGUGUGGUGCGGGCUCUGUUCAUCCGGGAGAAGUACAUGGCCCUCUCCAUGCAGAGCUUCUGCCGGACCACCUCCCGCCACCUGCAGCUUCUGGGCGGCAGACCGCCUGAGCACUGCUUCGACAACUGCAUCCCACAAACCCCUCUGGCUGCAGACGUCCCUGUGCACCCCCCCGUUUCGGAAACACACCCCUACGAGGACCUGGACCCCAAAAACAUGCCCGGAGACUCCGGCUUCGGCUGCAAGAUGGUGGACGGGGUGAUGCACGUCUACAGCAGGAGGAGCUCCAUGGAGAAGAGUGCGGAGUUGGACCUGCCAUACCCGGACCUCCCAGAAUACAUCGCUGAUAUGAACAUCAUGAUGGCCCUGAUCAUCAACGGCCCCGUGAAGUCGUUCUGUUACCGGCGGCUGCAGUACCUGAGCUCCAAGUUCCAGAUGCACAUCCUGCUGAACGAGCUGAAGGAGCUGGCAGAGCAGAAGAAAGUCCCGCACCGGGACUUCUACAACAUCCGCAAAGUGGACACGCACAUCCACGCCUCCUCCUGCAUGAACCAGAAGCACCUGCUGCGCUUCAUCAAGCGGGCCAUAAAGAAGUCCCCCGGAGAGAUCGUACACGUGGAGAAAGGGAAGGGCCAGACCCUCAAAGAGGUGUUCCAGACCAUGAACCUCACCGCCUUCGACCUGAGUGUGGACACGCUGGACAUGCACGCGGAUCGCAACACAUUCCACCGCUUCGACAAGUUCAACUCCAAAUACAACCCCAUUGGGGAGUCCAUACUGCGGGAGAUCUUCAUCAAGACCGACAACCACAUCGAGGGAAAGUAUUUCGGACACAUCGUCAAGGAAGUGAUGUCAGACCUGGAGGAGAGCAAGUACCAGAACGUGGAGCUGCGGCUGUCCAUCUACGGCCGGUCUCGGGACGAGUGGGACCGGCUGGCGCAGUGGGCCGUCCGCCACAGCGUCUACUCCGAAAACGUCUGCUGGCUCAUACAGGUGCCCCGCCUCUUUGAUGUUUACCAUGCGAAGAAACAGCUGGCCAACUUCCAGGAAAUGCUGGAGAACAUUUUCCUGCCGCUGUUCGAAGUCACCAUCAACCCUCAGAGCCACCCAGAGCUCCACCUGUUCCUGCAGCACGUGGUGGGCUUUGAUAGUGUGGACGAUGAAUCCAAACCGGAGCAUCACGUCUUCAACCUCAACAGCCCCCUCCCGGUCAACUGGACCACAGAGGACAACCCGCCCUAUUCCUACUACCUCUAUUACAUGUAUGCCAACAUGGCCGUGCUCAACCACCUGCGCAGGAGGCGGGGCUUCCAUACGUUCGUGCUCCGCCCCCACUGUGGGGAGGCGGGGCCUGUCCACCACCUGGUGUCGGGCUUCAUGCUGUCAGAGAACAUCUCCCACGGGCUGCUGCUGAGGAAGGCUCCCGUUCUGCAGUACCUGUACUACCUGGCUCAGAUCGGCAUCGCCAUGUCACCCCUUAGCAACAACAGCCUGUUCCUCAGCUACCACCGUAACCCCCUUCCGGAGUACCUGUCUCGUGGGCUCAUGAUCUCCCUGUCCACAGACGACCCACUGCAGUUCCACUUCACUAAGGAGCCGCUGAUGGAGGAGUACAGUAUUGCUGCUCAGGUGUGGAAGCUGAGCUCAUGUGACAUGUGUGAGCUGGCCAGGAACAGCGUGCUGAUGAGCGGCUUCUCCCACCAGAUGAAGAGCCACUGGCUGGGGCCCUACUACGAGGCGGACGGACCGCGGAACAACGACAUCCAGCGCACCAACGUGCCGGACAUCCGAGUGGCCUACCGCUACGAGACCAUGUGCGAGGAGCUCAGCCUCAUCACCCAGGCCGUGCGGGUUGAGUGUCUGCAGACCGACGGUGACGACUAAGACUCCCUCUCCAUGGCUCCUCUCCAGGGAGGGCGAUGAGGACCCCAACCCCAACCCCAAACACACCCCCCUUCUGCCCCAGCAUGCCCUGCUGCCAUUGGGCGCGGUCCACUUCCUGUCCCUGGAGCCCAUGGUGCCUUUCCUUCCCUCAGUGAUGCCUGCAAUGGAGCGGCUAGAGAACUAAUAGCAAAUAAUAACAAACUAGCUUCUCUGUAACGUAGCGAGAGUAGAUGUGAUAGAAACACAUUCAAGAAAAACUGUCUGCGAAGAAGUGGGGUCCAAAAGUCUGAGACCGUAUGAAAAAUCAGGGAUUUUUUUUCAUGUAAUCCUGGAAAUAAACAGAAAUUAAAACAAAUUACUUCAAAGCUUUGCAAGAACUACUUGAAGACCAAAGAAGAGCAAGGAGUGCUGCACAAUCCACCAUCACCUGACCUCAACCCCAUUGAACAUUUAUGGUGACAAAAGCCAAGCAUUCAGUAACAUCACAAGAUGCUCUUUGGAACAUUGUCAAAUAAUUCUAGGAUAACAUGGAUCAUAAGUUUUUGCACAAAUUUGUGGAGUCCAUGCCAGCUUGAGUGCACGUUGGCAUUAAAGCAAAAGGUGGACAUACCAAAUACUAAGAAAUUAUGAAAUCAAUGUAAUUUCUUAAAAUAUAUUUUUUUCAAUCUUUUACUUUUCACUCAAAUUGUUAUACUGAUAAUAUAAUUAGUACUGAAAAGGUUACACAAAAUGUAUGCAUUUUCACGUGGUCUCAGACGUUUGGACCCCACUGUAUGCACACAUAAUCUGUGGUUGUCCGAGCUGAACCCGGGCGACCUGCUGGCCGACCUGCUGUUUGCAGUGUCAGAGGCAGCAGCUGCCUUCAGUCGUCACUGAGGGAAGGACACUCUCACGGGCGUCCCUGGAGGGACGGUUAGCCCGCCCCGUUCGGCCGGCCUGAGAGCCUGGGCCUUUCCCACCCCGCAGAGAUCCCUCGCACGCCUGCUGGCCGUUUCUCCAUCAGGAGGAUUUUACAACAGCCGUUCCCCGAGGUCACUGCGGGGUUAGCGUUAGCAUCACUGCGUGGUCUACCCCCCCUCCUCUGUUGUUAUUUAAUUUCUCUUUCUUUACGAGACCUCUUUCCAUUCGCUUAAAUUCUUUCCUUCCCCGCACACUGUGAUUUUGUUUUUUGUUACUGGGAUCUUGUGUAAUAGUACUUUUUUUAAUGGUGAUUUUUUUAAAAUACUUUUUUUCUUUGUCUCCUCUCUCACUGUGAUUUCAUUGUUUUUAUAAGCGUGCUCAGAUGCCACGCAGUACUUGACAUGCUCAGUAUUACUUCUUCAGGGCACGCUAAAGACAGAGCCAUGUUGUGGCAUCCGCCAUUUUGUUCUCCCAUGCCCCUUAACCCCCAUUGCUCUCUUUCGUCCCAAAUCUCUUGGGGUAGCCUCCGACUCUGUUAACCAGUAACCCUAACCUUUUUUAAUGGAACAUUAAGCCAUCUAUCUCUAACUCUAAAGCCCCCCUACCCCUACCCCUGCCCCAGGCUUAUGAAGUGAUCCCGCAUGUGAUUGGACACUGCCAGUGCCCUCUGUUUGCCUAUCACCUCCCCAGCAUGAGAGCACAUUUUCCAACAGGACCGGCUGCAGCCUCAGGCGCAAUGUCCAGCCAGCCUGUAAGCAGAGUUAUGACAGAGAAUGAUGCUCGGUACCAAGAUGACUUUGCAUGCUGUGAGAAUGCCAUUUUACUGCUGCUGUAGUGCAGCAGUUCACCCAGUAGUGGUGCGGGAUUUAUGCACCGUAAAAGGGCGGCCGUGGGAUUGUAUGUGCACGGAAAGUCGGAUUAAAGGAAUGUAGACAUCAAAGGGCAAGGAUAUGAGGGAGGAUCCAUUUCCAACCACACCCACAUACAGAAUGGAUUAAUGGAGGCUAAUGGCUAAGCUAAAGGCGUACCUUUAAAAUGGGGGGCACCCUGUAGCGUAGUGGCUAAGGUACAUCAUUGGGGAACCCUGUAGCGUAGUGGCUAAGGUACAUGACUGGGACCCAGACGGUUGGUGGCUCAAGCCUAAUAGCCAGGAUAAGAUCUGCAGAGCUGUUGGGUCCUUGAGCAAGGGCCUUUAACCAUAACCCCACAUAGCUCCAGGGUGGAUUGUCCCCUGCUUGUCUGUAACUGUAACUCCAAGUCGCUUUGGAUAAAUGUGUCAGCUAAAUAACUUAUAAAUUAUUAUUAUUAUUAUUAUUAUUAAUAUUAUUAUUAUGAAAUGCUUAUGGUGAGUUUUGCUUGUUUUGCGUGAUUUACCUAAUUUCCUAUCGCAUCAAUCUUUCAAAGACAGGAUCAGCAGUUAUGGUGAUAAUCAUUUGUUUUUAGCUUCAUUAACUUCAACAACUACAUUUCAGUUAUUUAUCUGAUGCCAAAGCGACUUACAGUUGAUUAGACUACACCGGGGCUUGUCCCAGUCAAACACCGUAGCCACGAGCCUAUAGGCUACCCCACUUAUACAAAUACAAAUGUAACACACAUAAAUAUGAUGCACACACAUACAUAAUAUAAUAGUAAAUAAAAAUACUGUAUGUAGAUCUUUCAGUACACUUUCGGAGAUGAGUAGCAAGUGGUUUGCAACAACAGCUCCAAAAUACUGUACCAGCAUCUCAGCUGUACAUUGAUUGAUAUCAUUGGGCCUCACGCAAGAACCACUCGUACAAACUGAUUUGUUCUUAAAUUUGUCAUACAAGUGAUUUGAGAGAGCUUGGCGCAUUUCCCAGUUUUGUCACAUUUGGGUUUAGGAACAACAUUUGCAAGAGAUCCCGAGCUGUUGUAUGAGUCGUGUACGCUACGCAUUCCGCUCAUUUUCUAUGGAGAGGCUUGCAAUGCGUGACGGGCGCAUGUGCGUGACUCUCAAAACUCGGACCAAACUUUCACACUAGGCGUUGCAGAUCACAUAUGAACGAAGAUUCAGCAACUGCAUUGCUUUUUUCUUGCCUCAAAUGUUUUCAGAAAUGUAUUUUAGUGGAUUGUUUAGGAGGAAUAAGAAAAAGGUUAUGAACAGUCUGCCAUUUUGUUACGUUUUGCCAAAACCAAUGAACAGCAGUCUACCCAAUCAGGUGCCAACUAUGUGGUAGACUACCAUCCCUUGUUCGUGUUGACACCUACAGUACCGUAUAUACUGUAUAAUAUCAUCUUGGUGAUUUGAUGGAAUGAAUGAAUAAUAAUGUCGCAUUUUUGGGGCAUCAUUUAUGCUAAUUCAGAUUUCUUAUGCCCGCGAGUUCAUUUAAGAAGAGGCGGAGAUUCAUUGUGUUUACGAGGUAAUUUAGAACAAGUUUUCACAAGGUAGGCUUUUGUUGAACCCCAUGUGGCACACUCAAUAACAAGCCCUUCUUAUGAAAAAAGAUUUUAUGAUAUGUAUAAUAAGAAAAUUGUUCUUGCAUGAGGCCCAUUGUCUUUAGCAGAUUCAUCUCAAUGUGAAAUUGAGUCAUGAGGUACCAAAGUCAUGAGUGCAUUCGAACCAAAAUCUGAUACAGACCUGAAAAACAAGCUCACUGUCAUCACUGACUCAAAAAGGCAAGUGAUAGAUCAGUCACACUUUAAAAUAAAUAAGAAAACUCAAAUAUAAGCAAACAGUUUACAAAAGAGGACAGAGACUGCAGGUCGAUGAAAAGGAGAGCAAAUGCUGGUAGAAAACAAAACAUUUUGGCUGAUACAAGGCCAAUUAUACACUGCCCAAUGGGACCUCCAACCACCAUUAAAAUAUAUCCGACAGGAUAGCUGUGGCUACCAGUAUCCAUUCCUUGCUUAGCUUUCUCAAAGGCAUCGUGCCAUUCUCUUGUGGAGUCAUUUUAAUCAUUCUAAAUGUUGAAAGACAUGUGUCACAUUGUUAUGGUUUUACAUUUAAUUUCUAUUUUUAUUUUCUGUGUAACAAGGAUUUUCCAUGUAAUCUGAAUCUGAAUUUGCUAUUUAUACAUCAGCGAUAAUGAUUUGUUUUGUCAUUUAAAACCUUUUCAAUCAGGUAAUAUUAAAACUGAUGAAAAUUUACAAAUGAUGAGAGAAGAAAGCUAUAUGCACUAUACCAUUGUAAAGGGGCCAGGGAACUGAGAAAUGCUCCUUAGCUUGAAUGAAAUAAAGUGUAUUUUUUUAACAGUAUAAAAAUAUACGUAUAUCAAAAAUCUAUAUCUAUAUAGCAUCUAUCUGGUGGUCAGAGUUUUAUUAUUAUUAUUAUUAUUAUUAUUAUUAUUAUUAUUAUUAUUGUUAUUAUUGCCUUCUACUUGAAUUUUCCUGUGUGUGAUAAAUAGUUUUGUUUCCGUUUUGUUCUUUUCUUCUUUUUUAAACAUGUCUUGCUUUGUUUCACAUUUCUGAAGUGUUUUUUGAUUGUGUUCAUUCAAUAGUAUUUUCUGUGGGGUGACUUCCCUAUAAAGAACACUUGCCUGUA